UGGACUGUAUUGCCUGCCGUACUGAAAGCGUCCAUAGCAGCCAGAAGGAUGUUGACAACGAGAAUCCGUUCAUUUUACAUCUGAACUGAUAUUUCAGUGCAGCGAGGGCGGUUUGGUGUGAUUUAAAUGUUUUCCAGGGUGUUAAUGGUGUGGAAAUGACUUCUAACAACCCAUCUGUUUUUCUUCUCAUGGUUAAUGGGCAAAUCGAAGCAGCCGAUUUCCCAGAAUAUGACGAUCUUUACUGCAAGUAUUGCUUUGUUUAUGGACACGACUGGGCGCCCACAUCAGGCUUGGAAGAGGGAAUUUCUCAAAUAACUUCAAAAGGUAGAGGAUCUCAGAGUUUGGUGUGGAACUUCCCACUGGACAUCACGUUCAAAAGCACGAACCCAUUUGGCUGGCCCCAGAUUGUGGUCAGUGUGUAUGGCCCCGACACUUUCGGAAAUGAUGUUGUGAGAGGUUAUGGAGCUGUACACAUCCCGUUUACACCUGGAAAACACACCAAGACCAUUCCCAUGUUCGUUCCUGAAUCUACAUCAAGACUUCAGAAGUUCACAAGCUGGCUGAUGGGAAGGCUUCCAGAGUUCACAGAUCCCAAAGUUGUUGCCCAAGGAGAGGGAAGAGAGGUUACGAGGGUGCGCUCACAAGGUUUUGUUACACUACAGUUCAACAUUGUGACUAAAGACAUGAAGAAACUGGGUUAUGAAACUACAUCAGAGCAUUCAGCUGCUACAGGACUGACAAGAACAUCUCAACAGCUCUAAUAGCCACUUUCAGGAUAUUUUUGUACCUUUUUGUAAUCUUGGUCCAUUUUCAAGUCACUUUCAUUGUCGCUUUGUAUGUUUUUAAAUAAACUGAUCUCGUGCA